GGUUCUUUUUCUCUUGGGUAGUAUAUUUUUAUAAUGGAUGUUGCAAUGAACGUUCGGAACGAGGAAGAGUCGGACGAGUGCCUGGAACUUGAUCUCGGCUCACCUUUCAGCUUCAGCCUGGACGGCAUGUCUCUGCUCGGCCAGGGUGUCGAGUCGAACAUGUUAGACCUGUUCAGCCAGGACGUGAACUGUGCGGUGCCCGGAUGUCUGACCGACGAGUCGUCCGGUAAGAUUUUCUUCGACUUUCCGCAAGAAGAGUCGACGUACCAGCGAUGGCUCAUUUACUGCCAGCGUCUGAGCGCUUACGAGGGCAAGCAUAAAGUAGUUAUUAAUAGAGAGUCGAAAAUCUGCUCGGACCAUUUCAGGGCCGAUCAGUUUGUCAAGAAUUCCAAGUGGCUCAAAAAAUCAGCGGCGCCUUGCGUUAACCCAGAACUGCCGGCUGGAGCGUAUUCCCCAUCAUUGAAAAAAAGCGAUUUAACUAAAGAUUCGAAUGAUGAAGAUUCUCAAGAAGACAGCACAGUGAAAAGUCCUAAAGAAAACAUUACAAAAAACAAAACUAAAAACAUUUUCUAUUGUAAAUUAUGCAAUCUUUCUUAUUCAAACCAAGCUGAAUACUUAGAACACAGAUACACGCAUACAGAUUUCAACUGUAUAUGUUCAGCUUGUAAAAGUUCGUAUGAAUGUUCACAGGACUUUAAUAAGCACUGGUCGGAGUCGCACGAAGGCACGCCGGACAAAGAGAUCCAAUGUAAAAAGUGUAAAUUUAUAUUUAAUUCUAUAAUAAUAUACGAUUCUCAUAUCUGUGAUAAUAUCGCCUUCAACCAAAAAAACAUCUGUGAUAUUUGCAAGAAAUCUUUCAUAUCUAAGGUCCAGCUUGAGUUCCACAUGAAGUUUCAUGAAGAGGGCAAGCGUCUGUACUGUGAACUGUGUGGUUUGGUGUUCGAGGAUGAAUCGGCAUUCUACAGGCACAACAGGAUGAAGCACAAAUCACAAAAGUCUUUCUCCUGCGAACCCUGUGACAAGAUGUUCAGCUCGAGGAAAACCCUGAAGCGCCAUUUUAACAGGAAACAUAAAGAAGACUUUCCUUGCGAUUGCUGCGACGGCGUUUUCAAAUCAAAACAAGAGCUUGAAAACCAUACGAGCCGUCUGCACAAAAUCGAAGAAGAAGCGUACAGCUGUACGAUAUGCAGGGAGGCGUUUCCAAGCGCGUCCUUCGGCAUAAUUCAUGCGAAAACUAGGCACAAUGUUACAACAGAAAACCCUUACCUCGUUGCCCCAGUGAGUAUCAAAAGGGUCUUGAUCUGCGAAUACUGCGAAAAAUGUUUUGCCGAGAAAUCCUUAUUGAACAGGCACAAGCUUUCGCACGAUUACGAAAACCCUUAUGAGUGUAAGUUCUGCACUCUGACCUUCAGCACACGAGCUGAGUACAAUCUGCACAGGGGUUUUCAUAUUGACUCGGACAUACCUUUCGAGUAUAGCAUCAAUUUUAAACUGUGUCUGACCUAUUUGUGCGAAUACUGCGAAAGGUUUUUCUACUGCUUUUCCACGUUGUCAGAACACAUGGCGAUCCACUACCAACUGGAACCGUACAUUUGUAGAAACUGUGAUAUGAAGUUUAAAUCUUUGGAAGAAGCGUGCAAACACAGGUCGAGUCAUUUCCAGUACGAAACGAACAACAGGAAGAUCAGUAAGCCUUACGAGUGUCAUUAUUGCACAAAAUCUUUCGUCCUCAGGAGUAUUUUAAUUGACCAUAUUAGGAAACACACGGGCGAGAAGCCUUUUAUCUGCGACCAGUGCGGGAAAGGGUUUUCGCAGAGUUCUUCACUCUACACACACAGGAAAUUCCACUCGAAUGAGCGCCCUUAUUCAUGUGAUUUUUGCUCGAAGACUUUCAUAUUGAAAGGUGACAGGGAUUCCCAUGUCAGGGCGCAUUCGGGCGAACGGCCUUACAUCUGCGAGUUCUGCGCCAAGGGCUUUAUGACCCAGGGUGUGUACAGCCAGCACAGGCGGAUCCACACCGGCGAGAGGCCUUACAAGUGCGAGACAUGCGACAUGGCGUUUAAACGCUCCUACGCGCUUACCCUCCACAAACGGAUCCACACCGGAGAAAAGCCCAACACGUGCAACUUCUGCGGAAAGAGCUUCAGGCUACGCGGCGAUCUCACUCGACACUUGAAGGUUCAACAUCAACAAUUAAGAAACUCUGGGACAGCCGAAAGAACUAGUUUCAAAUAUCGAUUUUCCGGGUUCGGGGUCCGUUGGAAAAGUGUUUUUCCACCUGGAACGGGAUGGAUCAGUGGGCCGAGGUCCGUGUACUCGUCUACCCCCACCAUACAUCCUGGAAGUGAUCAAUGCACCACGCACUUUCUCUACGCGAUCAAGUUAUAUUUUUUUCCACGGCGAGAUCUAGUCUUUUCCCCGUCAAUUUUUCCCCGUUUAUUUAAUUUGAAAUCUCCCCAGAUGAAACUCGUCGUGAAAAAUAAUCUGGGCGAGACGGUCUCACUCCAGAUCCGGCCAGAGGACACUUUUGUCGAUUUAAAGGAGAGGGUCGAAGAUGAAGCAGGCAUCUCUUUGGAUUUGAACGACAUCCCGACCAACGGAAAAAGGAUAAUAGACACGCAAAAAGUCAUCGAGUAUUUCAUCAACCAAGACCCGGAGGAGACUCUCCAGGAAGAGGCGGAUGUCCAGUGCGCCGUUCCAGGAUGCAACAACAGCAAAAUAACGACACCGGACAAGGUAUUUUUCGAUUUUCCCCAGUUGCCCCAGGAAGAGACGAGAUGCCAUCAAUGGGUCUUGUACUGCCAGAGGUUGAGCAUGGCUUCGGGUAAACACAGGAUGAACUUGACUCAGGAGUCGGCAAUCUGCUCUGACCAUUUCAGGAGUGAUCAGUUUGUCAAAAACACGACCACCCUGUUGAAGAGGACGGCAGUCCCUUGCAUCAACCCGGAGCUCGUAAGGAUAGGCGACUUCGUCUCGCCUGCACAGUUUCCCAAGCUUGCACCACCUGAGACGACCCAGCCUCACGUGGUGACGAUGCUCCAUUGCCGACUAUGCGCCCAAAAAUGCCCUGAUUUUGUCUACCUCUAUGGAACAGAAGGUAAGAAGAUCCGCCUCGCCGAAAAGAUCAACGCCUGCCUGCCGAUCAAAGUCCAGAUGACGGACGGUCUGCCCAAGCAGGUCUGCAAGUCCUGCGUACAAGAAGUAGAGAGCUUAUUUAACUACGGCCAGGUGUGUUGUAACGCAGAUGACGAGUUGAAAUCCAUGUCAGAAAAGGGCAGUCUCAUUGACGACAAGCAUCCUUGUGACGCAGAGUCAUGCCCGCUAUGUGUCGAAGGCGAACUUAUAAAAACAAACCUAAGCAAAGACAAUCCCGAAAAGGGUGAAAAAGAGUGUGGGCUCAAUGUGGAGAUGGUGGCGAUCAAAGAGGAACAACAGGACUAUUUUGAAAGCGAAUUACAGCCGAUUGAAGAGGACGAUGAGGACGAAAAGCCUAAACAGUUAGACGAGAUGGAAGGGAUGGAAGAAGACUCAAUGCCUUUUGAAGAGAACGGAGCGUUCAUAUGCAGGAUCUGCGACCAGGAGUAUGUCGAGCUGUCCGAAUUUACAAAACACAGAGAGAGCCACGCGGUCGACUCUCUCUUCCACUGUCCCAGCUGCGAGAACUACUACGAUUCCAUCGACGAUUUGGAAGAACAUGUCUUGUCUUCGCAUAAAACAUCUCAGAACGAGAAUGUGCGCCUCCAGUGUAAAACGUGCAAAGCGACUUUUAAAUCUUUCAUACUACUCGCUUCUCACGGUUGUGAAUCGAUGCUUACGGUUCAUUCCAAUAAAUGCAAUAUUUGUCAUAAAACGUUCAGGUCGAAGGCACGACUUCAGUUCCACAUGAAGUUUCAUUCAGGCGCGAGGCCAGGCUAUUGCACACUUUGUAAAAAGACUUUCCCUGAUGAGGUGAAACUCUACAAGCACACAGUUUAUCUACAUUCUUCGAGGAUCGGACAUCAUUGUGACGAAUGUGGAAAGAUUUUCAGGUCUCAGAGCGCUUUGAAGUAUCAUCAGAGGGCGCACAUAGUCGAUAUGUUUUCUAAAUCCAUCUCGUGCGAGUGGUGCAAUAAAAGCUUCGUGUCAAAGAGUCUCCUCCAAUCGCACAUAACAUCUCAUCAUAAAAAUUCGAGUAAAGAAGCUUCCUGUUUCACCUGCAAGAUCUGCUACGAAGCCUUUCCCAGCACGUACGUAGCCGUCGCGCAUAUGGACGCAAAGCACAAAGAAGAGUGCAUGGAUGAGCCUUCGUACAGCUUCGAGAUGCACACGUUGAACCGUAUCUACACGUGCGAAUAUUGCGAGAAGUGUUUUGCCGAAGGUGCAACGCUCAAUAAGCACAGGGAAGCCCACACUUCUGACAUGCCAUACGAGUGCAAAUACUGCUCGGAGUCUUUCAGUUCUUUUGGAGAACAUACAGAUCACAAGUCGUCGCAUGUAGACAGAGACAUACCGUUAGAAUACAGCACGAAUUUUGUCAUCCCUUUGACCUUCCUUUGCGAAUACUGCGACAGGUGUUUUAUGAAUUAUAUAAAGUUUUCCGAACACCUGACCAUCCAUUACCACCCGGAGCCGUAUCAGUGCAGGAUCUGCAUAGCGAGGUUUAAGACCUUAGAAGAAGUGAUGGAGCACAGGGCGUCCCACCCUGAAUAUGCGACAAUAGACGAUAAUAAUUAUUACAGGCCUUUUGAAUGCCAUUACUGUAUAAAAUCGUUUGCCCUUGAAGACGCCCUGAUAAAGCACAUAAGGAUGCACACGGGGGAAAAGCCGUUUAUAUGCGAUCAGUGUGGGAAAGGGUUCUCGCAGAGUUCGGGGCUGUACACGCAUCAGAAGGUCCAUUCGAACGUCAGGCCGUACGACUGCCCGAUCUGCCCGAGGUCUUUCAAGAUCAAAGGCGACAGGGACGUUCACGUGAGGAAGCACUCGGGCGACCGGCCGUACAAAUGCGAGUUCUGCGGCAAGGCGUUCAUGACGCAGCACGUCUACAGCCAGCACCGCAAGAUACACACAGGCGAGAGGCCGUACAAGUGCGACGUAUGCGGGAUCUCUUUCAGGCGGUCGCAUGUCCUCACGGUCCACAAGCGCAUCCACACCGGAGAGAAGCCCAACAUUUGUGAUAUUUGCGGCAAGCGCUAUCGACAGAAAGGCGACAUGCUUAAGCACAGGCGCAUACAACAUUCAUUCCGCUGAUGAGCACCCGUCUGCCAUCAAGUGCCUUCUUGCCGCUUAAAAAACAUUUAGUUCAAUUUGUAAUUUAUUUAUUGAAUAUUUGACAAAUUAUCUAGUUCUACUCUUUGAAAUCUAUUACAAUCAAAUUUACAAAUAUAUAUAAUAAAUUAUUUAAUGUUUUAAUAUUAUUUUCAACAGUAACAAGUAGGAAUUUAUUUUUUAUGCAAUUAUACAAUGUAUAUAAUAAAUUUUUAAAAUGUAAACUAUUUAGUUACUAUCCCCAGAUACACAAAAUUAUCUAAAUCUUAUAAGCUUAUCUAAAUUGCUCAAAAAUGAAUAGGGAUAUUGCUAAUUGUGUAGUAUUUACUUUCCCUA